AGUUUUUAACAUGGGGGAAAAAAGUAGGCAGAAGAUUAGACUUUCUUUUUAUUUGGAGUCCCAUUUGUAGGUUGGGUCUGGCAGUGGAGAACCUGCAGGAGGUGUCAAACUCUGAUCCCUUUCACUGGCAAACCAGGGUGGAGAUUGCCUGGGAGUGCACUCCAAGUGAAAUCCAGCUCAGAGGGAAGAGGCACCUCCCAGUGCUCCCAGUGCCCCAGGACUCCGGGAAUGCCCAGGGUCUGUGCUGGUGCUCCAGGGCUGAGCUCCCAGGAGCCGAGUUCCAGCCCUCAGGAAGAUGCUGAGGAACGACGGUGGAGAACAGAACCAAUGAGCACCAGCCUCUGUAGGGUUGUCCACUCCCCAGAGGUAACUCACAGAGCACAGGGAAGUCCUCCUGGUAGGAAGGUCUGAGUCAUAAAGAAAGUGAGGAGAAGGGAGAAGACGAGGUGACAAGGACUAGGCUGAAAUGGGGAAUCUUCGUGUGGCACCCGAUGAGAGACGUUAAUGCCAUGGAUUGGUGCCCAUCCUCAGAGUCCAAGAGCAUUUCUGGGGCGAUUUGCAAGUCCUGCAUGGAAGGGAGAGAGGAACUGUUGUGCAGUAGGAUGUGUGUUGGGAAGAGGAUGAGUCCUUGGUAGCCGGGUAAGGCGCUGUGCUGGGUGCCCAGGCGUGAGGAGCAGGGUCCCCUUUGGGUGUGCAGCCUUCUCCUCCUCUGUGCCCACCACUAACCUGCUCCUCUCCUUUUCCCAAGGUGCCUGACGAUGCCGAGCAUAUUUUCCUACCAGAGUGCCGAGGUGGAUUGGUGUGAGAGCAACUUCGAGCGCUCGGCGGUGAUUGCUGAGUACUACAACACCAUCAGCAAUGUCAGCUUCUUCAUGCUGUCUCCUGCACUGCUGUACCUGAACCGGCAGUACUGCCAGAAGAAGGCUGUGCCCCUCUACUUUGUCUCAGGGCUGCUCAUCCUCGUAGGUGUCUUCUCCAUGUACUUCCACAUGACCCUGAGCUACGUGGGACAGCUCUUGGAUGAGCUCUCCAUCCUCUGGACGCUGGCUGUGGCUUACUCCUUCUGGUACCCCCAGGCUUACUUCCCCAAGUGCAUCAAGACCAGGAGGCAUUUCUUCUGGCUGACUGGUAUCACCACCGUGAUCAGCACCUUCAUGUCCUUCAUCAAGCCGACCCUCAAUGCCUACGCGCUCAACUGCAUCGCCUUCCACCUGCUGUACCUCACCUGGAGGGAGCUCAAGAAGUGCAAUGACAAGCGGGUUCACCGGAUGGCCGCGGUCAUGGUCAUGUGGUGGGCACUGGCCAUCACCAGCUGGAUCAGUGACCGGUGGCUCUGCUGGCUCUGGCAGGCCAUCAACUUCCCCUACUUCCACAGCUUCUGGCACGUGCUGAUAGCCCUGUCCCUGCUGUACUGCUGCCCACUGGUCAUCUACUUUGACGUCAGCUACGAGAUGCCCUCGUUCAAGCCAAAGCUGGAAUACUGGCCCAGCGACUCAUGGCCUGUUGUGGUGCCCUACGUCACCCUGGAGGAACCCCACAAGCAGUGCUAGAGCUGGGUGCCCUCAGGCCUCCCUGGGGCGUGGGGUGUGUGAUGCUCACAUGGGGAACAUCUCAGUUGUGUUCCUCCUGUUCCUCAGGCAGGGGCAGAGUGGUAGCAGAGUGGGCAGGGAGCAGCUGAGGCCUCAUGAUGCUGGGCAUGAAGCAAGGUGGGAGCCCACAGGUGCCUCGGAAGGCUCUGCCCAGGCUGGUGUUCAGGGAGCUGGAGAUUUCCUCCCGCAGAUCCCCACGAGGAGGGGAGGGACACGGUGCUGCUUCUGUGUCCUCUGUGUUAGUCAAGCACCAGCACCCCUUGCUGACAAGGGGACUGCGGAGAACACUGAAGCCAAACUGGUGACAGCUGGGUUUGUUGGGGCUGCUCUAAUUAUUAUUAUUAACUCUAUUUAUUGAUUUAUGUGGUCUUACUCAGGAGAGCUGUGCAUUAAAGCUGUGGACACUGA